UCCUUGUUUGUUUGUUGUUUUUCUUCCUUUGGAAAAAGCAAAGCAAAUCAAAGCAAAAACAAAGCAGAUGUUUUCGAUCUAGCAAGUUUUAGCAGCAGACCCAAUACACAACCCUAGUCACUUUAUUGUUUAUUCCAUCUUUCCUUUUCUGUCCCCUCAAAUUCGAUCUGCUAUAUAUACUACUAAUAGGUAUCCUUACAUUCAUUCCCAAUCUGUUCACUCUCAUUCACUCUUCCUUGAUAUCUCCCAUUCCCAUCCUUUUUUUUUAAUCACUAUUAUCCUUGUUUCUCUUUAUCACUCCAUCUCUGUUCCUUCUAUUUAAUUAGUCAUCAAGUUCAUCAGUCCUUCAUGGAGACAGUGGAAUUGAAGGUAGAGAUGGUUGGCAUACAUGAGAAAAGACUAAGGAAAUGCCUCUCCAAAUUGAAGGGGAUAGAGAAAGUGGAAGUGGAAGCAAAUAGCCAGAAGGUAGUGGUGACUGGUUAUGCCCAUCGGAACAAGAUACUGAAAGCAGUGAGAAGAGGCGGUUUGAAAGCUGACUUCUGGUCUCCACAAAACGAGCUCCUUCAAGCAUAUGCUACUGCUUCUACUGCCACUUAUGGAAGCUUAAGAUUCAACAACUUCAACUUCUUCUAAAUUUUAUUUUAUUUAUUUCCUCUUUUUUUCUUUCUUUUUCCUUACUAAUUUUCCUGUUUGGGAGGAUAUACGUACCUCAAUCAAAGGUUGUUUGUGUUUUCAUAUUUGAUUUGAUUUUGUUUUUGUUUUGAUUCUCUUCUCUCUCUUUACUUUUUCUUUUUACAAAGGAACUGUCACGUGUUCAUUGAGAUUGAGAUAUAUAUAGAAGAGUGAAAUGGAAGUCUCUUCCAAGUUUUGCAGCUUUGCCAA